AUGGCUACCGAAUCACGCAUCGCGCUUAUGAAAGAGCGAUUUUAUAGUACUUUAGCGUCAUUAAGAACGUUAACAAACGCUAAGAACACUGCUUAUAUUGAAGAUGAACGUUAUAAAGAGUUAAUUGAAGAAGUUUCCACGGCAAAAAUAACAGCCAGAAAGACUUCUCGUGAUUAUUGGUUAUUGCGGCGAUACGAUGUGCUUACCAUUGACCAGAAAAGUAAGCUUAUUUUUCCUGUUAAAGACACUACAAGCACUAUUAUUUACUACGCAUGUGAUAGCGAGUUAUUCGACAUAUUACACGAGGCACAUAUUCAAAUUGGUCACGGCGGAAGAGAUCGUAUGAUGAAAGAGGUAGGGAGUCACUACAAAAACAUAACACGUAAGGAUAUAGAAACUUAUCUUGAACUUUGUGAACCCUGUCAACAAAAGCAAAAAAACAUCAAAAAAGGCAUUGUUGUAAAGCCUAUUAUAUCGUCAGAGUUUAACUCUAGAUGCCAAGUGGAUCUGAUAGAUUUUCAGUCCCAGCCCGACGGUGAUAACAAAUUUAUAAUGGUGUAUCAAGAUCAUUUAACAAAAUUUGUUGUUUUAAAACCACUUAAAACAAAACGAGCUGAGGAAGUGGCUCACACUUUAUUGGACAUAUUUACUCUACUUGGUGCUCCUGCAAUACUUCAGUCUGAUAACGGCAGAGAAUUUUCCAACCGAAUUAUUGAGAAUUUAAAAACAUAUUGGUCUACUUUAAAAAUUAUUCAUGGUAAACCCAGGCAUUCGCGAAGUCAGGGGAGUGUGGAAAGAGCAAAUCAGGAUAUUUAA